AUGAGAUCAUUGAUAAUCGCAUGCCUGAUUAUUGCAGUUCUUGGAAGGAUUCAUGACGCUGAAAUUACCAAUAAAGUAUUUUUUGACAUUACAAUCGAUGAUAAGUACGAAGGGAGAAUAAUUUUUGGAUUAUAUGGAAAAGUUGUCCCAAAGACAGUCGAGAACUUCAGAGCCCUCUGCACAGGUGAAAACGGAGUGAAUGGAGAAGGAAUUCCGCUACAUUACAAAGGUUCAACUUUCCAUAUGAUCGUCCCAGGUCUGAUGAUCCAAGGAGGAGACUUUACUAGAGGAGACGGCAGUGGAGGAGAAAGUAUCUAUGCUAGAAGAUUUGACGAUGAAAACUUUGCCUUGUCACACAAAGCCGCUGGAAUUUUAUCCAUGGGCAACUUAGGACCCAAUUGCAAUAGCUCGCUUUUUAUUGUUACAACAAAGCCUGCUCCUUUGCUGGAUGGCCGAAAUGUUGUUUUUGGGGAGGUAAUAGAAGGAUAUGACGUAGUGAAAAAGAUAGAAUCGAAAGGAUCUUUAGAUGGAACGCAAUCAGCUAAGGUAGUCAUAAGCGACUCUGGGGAGCUCCCACUCUAA